AUGCCGAGAUUUUUCAAAGUUAUUGGCAUACAAUGGCACAAAAGGGUGAUAACAAUAUUUAUAGCCUUUACAAUUAUGACGUCAAUGGCUUCGAAUUGCAUCAGCAAUCCCUGCAUGUAUGGGAUUUGCGUGGACGACUUGAGCAGUUUCAGUUCGUAUCGAUGUUAUUGUAUAGACGGUUACACCGGUAUCAAUUGCGAGACCAAUUGGAACGAUUGUUGGUCGAAUCCUUGCUUGAACGGAGGCACGUGCACUGAUGCUGUAGCAUCCUACAAUUGUAGCUGCCUAGAAGGUUUUGUAGGUAUGACUUGCGAACAAAAAUACAGUGAAUGUAUGAAUUAUCCUUGUCAAAACAAUGGAACAUGUUUAGAUUACAAUGGAUUUACGUGUCAAUGUCUCGAAGGAUUCUCCGGAGACUUUUGUGAAAUCGACACAUCGGUUUGUAAUAAUACUAUUUGUAAAAAUUUUGGAGAAUGCAUUGAAGGGCCUGGAUUAUCGUUUAUGUGCAAUUGUCAGAAUGGCUGGGCAGGAAAAUAUUGCGAAGAAGAUGUCAAUGAAUGCAAUUUGUUGCCUUGUCAGAACGGUGGUCUCUGCAUUAAUGUGCCUGGGACGUACACGUGUGCAUGUUUGUUUGGUUACACCGGUAAAGAUUGUGAUAAGAAUAUCGUUCCUUGUCAAGAAAAUCCCUGUCGGAACAAUGCAAUUUGUUUAUUCGAAGAUGGCCAAUCCGUUUGUUACUGCGUACCCGAUUAUCACGGGACCUUUUGCGAAUUGCAAUACAAUGACUGCGAGUCGAAAUCUGUUCGCUGCGAAAAUGGCGGCUCCUGUAUCGAUGGUAUAAAUAAUUUUACUUGCUCCUGUCCUUCUCAAUAUACAGGAGAACGAUGUACACUUGUUGUCGAGACUACGUCAAUGGACGUGCCCAUGUAUAAUUCUGAUGUUUAUACUACUGAAAAAGCAGUCCCAUUCGACAUAAACACUAUGUCUUAUACAAUCCAAGAUGACGACACUGUUGUUACAAGCACGGAAAAUUGUCUUCGAAAUUCUUGCGUAACGACAAUUAACGGCGAGGAGCCCGAACUCGUUACCAUUCAAAAUUCAACCGACAAAACUAUCGAUACUACGCAAUUUACAAAUGUUAAAGAAGUGCUUACAAUCCAAAUUGAAAGUCGCACGGAAUAUGAUCAAAUGACUUUUACAACACUCGGGCAAAAUUAUACAACGAUGCCCGAAGAAACACCAUUGCUCACUUCCGUAUCACAGGAUCUAAGCAGCAAAGCCAUAAAUGUCACAACAUUUAAAACCUACGCCAAAUCGAUGGACGAGAUUUAUCCGGUUCAAACUUCCGAGAAUAAUAUAUUUCAAACCACAAUUGAAACCCCAUUUGGUAAUGAAAGCCUUACGCAAGCAUUUACAUUAGAUGAAUUAGAUGAAUCAACGACAAUGCGAUCGAUAAACUCAAAUGACAUUAAUCAAUCGUCCACGACGGUUGGCGCAACAGCAAAGGCCCCCGUGACUGACGUCUCUACGGAAAUUCCAGUUUACUUGGAUACGGUUAAAACCACAUUAACACCUGCGAUAGAAUUAACCUGGCCAGAAACAACUACGGAAUCGCUUGUUGCAUCGUCCGUUGAAAGGUCUACCGAUGCAGAUUACAACGAGGCAAUAACGCUUAACUCUACCAGCUUCUCUGUUACAGAAAACAUUACCCCUGAUAUAACAACAGCUCCAAUGGUAAUUAUGGUACCUUCCACUAUUAUUCCAGAGCAAACUGCUAGCAAUGCGGUUACUCAACUAGAUUUUAAUAUGCCCGAUAACACGGAGAUGUUUUCGCGUUCUCCAACGACAAUGGAAUCUAAAGCGACGAGUACUACGAGCGAUGAUGAUUUUACAACUGUGACGGAAUUUUUUAAAACUACCUAUGGAACAGAAAUGAUUAAGAGCGAGAUGCCGAACGUCGUUAGUACAACAGAAUAUGAAAUCGUCUACAGUUGUACGAAAGAUCAAUGUGCAAAUACGUCACUCUGCCUUCACAAUGGCACUCAAUGUGACUGCAGCUACUGGAACAACUGUCGAAUAUCUCCAAGUAUAGAGCAUGCGGCAUUUAGUGGAAAAUCAUACAUUAGGCAAAAAUUCACGAUAGAAAAUGGAAUUUUAAAAAUUUUUGUAAGACUGAAAACGAGGGCGAAAAGUGGAAUUUUUAUCCAUACCCUAUUCGACGACGAAAGAUACAUUCUACUUUAUAUGGAAAUGGAACAGCUUAAAUUUCAAUUCUCAUGUGGCUUACAAACCAUGUUACUUGGCGAAUUAGAUUUGCCAAUAAAUAAUGGUUAUAAUGUUGAUAUUGAAAUGAGAUUUCAAUAUACAGUCGAGGAUAUUUCCGAUAAGUGUUCGGGUCAAUUAAUUGUUAACAACACUUUAGCAAUGAGUGGCGAACAAGUUUUGCAAAGCCACGAGAGUAUUCCUCAAUUCGCUAGAUUACAUUUGGGCGGAAUACCUUUAACAUUUUCCCAGCCAUUUGCCCAGAUUGCAAUGGGAUUCAUUGGAUGCAUGAGUUCGUUGAAAGUUAAUGGUAUAAAUCGCGAUUUUUUGCGCGAUUCUGCAGAGGCUGUUCAAAUUCAGUUUAUGUUUAUCGAAUCCGUCUUUAGUGGAGAAACUUGUGAAAGAACUGUUUGUGAUAACAAUCCCUGCCAUUUAGGUGCUACAUGUUUAAUAUCACCAGGAGUCAAUUUUAUUUGCGUUUGCCCUCUCGGCACACAUGGAUUAUAUUGCGAAAAAGAUACUACAGUAGUACAGCCAUCAUUUUCAGCCAUUUUACCUGGAUUUUCAUCCUACAUAGCGUAUGGUGUCAGUAGUUCUGUUAAGGACCACAUGGAAUUAAAAAUGCGAAUUAUUCCACAAACAUUGGAACAAAUUGCAUUGAUAGCCUAUAUGGGUCAAAGUAAUUCAAUGCGCGAAUCUUCUGAUCACUUUUCGAUCACAUAUGUUCGAGGAUAUCUAAUGCUAACGUGGGACUUAGGCUCUGGCGUUAAAAGAAUUUUUACAAACAGUCCCCUUAAUAUUAGAACUAACAAAGUUCAUACAUUACAAUUUGGUAGAAGAGGUAGAGAUUCUUGGCUGUAUGUCAACGGUAUAGGCAAUAUAACUGGUCGAGCUGCUGGCACAAACACGCGUUUAGAUGUAUCGCCAAUUCUUUAUAUUGGUGGGCACAAAUCAAAAUAUUUUGAAAUGUUGCCACAUGAUUUGCCACUUCAUACGGGAUUCUCCGGUUGUAUAUAUGAUAUUGUAUUACAUACAGAUGACAAUGUCUUCCCAAUAACAAUGUCUAGUCCAGCAACUGGUAGAGGAGUAGGGGAAUGCCACCGUAACGAAUGUUCUCAUCAUUCAUGUAAAAAUGGAGCAGUUUGUUUGAAUUAUGGACCAACGUAUAGGUAAAUAACGAAUGUCCGAUAAAAUU